ACACACACACACACACUCCGACAGGCCAGGACAGUAAGUGGUUUGGCACGGCUGGACUUGGGUGCAGCUCAGAGCAGCUAAAAUGCAAAUGAAUCGAAGUGGAGCAGCAGGUACGGGUGGUUACAGCUCUGCUCCGGCCUCCACUAAUGAUAUCAGGCUCCAUAACAUUUACAUUAGCACGACCCACCUAACCACAUGGUUGGUGUGGUGAAGACAAUAGUGCACUAAAGGUUCUAUAUGCAAACUAAGGGGGCGUGGCCAGUGGGAGGAAGACAGUUGACGGCUGCUGCAGCUGUGCAGACAGAGUGGUUUGGAUGGUCUGGGGGUUUCUGGUGGACCGACUCAGGACCGAUCAUUGCCCUGUUUACUACCAGCAGUAACAGUGGGGUCAGUUUGGUGUCUGAGAGGUCACGGAGGGCGUGGAGCUGGAUGUAUGAGACGGCUUCAUGGGCCUGAAGGACCAUCUGGAGGAUGGGACCGGCCACAUCCUCAGCCUGGAGCUGGACUUGGACUACCUUCACGUGGAAAGUGCUGAGCGACAGGGCAGCCUAAGCUCCGGGUCGGGUUCUGCGAACAUCCUGCAGGGCAGGGGUGGAGCCUGUAGUGUCAGCAGCAACAGCAUUGAGAGUCGUGGUAGUUGUUUUAGCACCAACUCAAGCUGCAGCAGCAGCAGCAGCAGCAGCAGCUGCAGUAACCUGUCAGAGGAGAGCGCGGUGUCCGACAGUGAUGAUGAACGGCUCCACAAUGGAUCUGGUUCUAAACCCCAUCAGCCUCACAUACACCCAGCAGAAUCCUUCACCGAUCUUCAGCAGGUCAGGCUGGACCUGACCCUCGACCAAAACCCCAGAAGCCAAAAAACCCCAGAAGCUCCUGCUCCUAUCGACCCAGUCAUUGAAUACCGCACCAAGGUGGAUUUCGCUCUGAAACUCGGCUACUCCGAGGAGCUGGUUCUGAUGGUGCUGAGAAAACUGGGCACUAACGCACUCAUCAAUGAUAUCCUUGGUGAACUGGUCAAACUGGGAGCCAAAACAGAGAUGGAGCAGCAGGGAUGCUCGAGCGCCUCCUGCUGUCCAUCUGCCUCCUCUUUGUCACCCCCAUUGUCCUCCUUUAACUCCUCGCUGGACUCGUGCCAGCUGCUGUGUCCAUCACAGCUGUUGGACAAAGAGAACCUCCGGCCGGUGGUUGUUGAUGGGAGCAACGUCGCCAUGAGUCAUGGAAAUAAGGAAGUCUUCUCCUGUCAAGGCAUCCAGCUGGCUGUGGAUUGGUUCUUGGACCGCGGUCACCGUGACAUCACUGUGUUCGUCCCUGCCUGGAGAAAGGAGCAGUCGCGCCCCGAUGCUCCCAUCACAGACCAGGAGAUCUUGCGGAGGUUAGAAAAGGAGAAGAUCCUGGUCUUCACCCCUUCUCGACGUGUGCAAGGACGACGCGUGGUCUGCUAUGACGACCGCUUCAUCGUAAAGCUGGCUUACGAGUCGGAUGGCAUCAUCGUUUCCAAUGACAACUACAGAGACCUGGCCAAUGAGAAGCCGGAGUGGAAAAAAUUUGUUGACGAGCGUCUGCUCAUGUACUCCUUUGUUAAUGACAAAUUUAUGCCACCUGAUGACCCACUGGGACGCCAUGGACCCAGUCUAGACAACUUCCUGAGGAAAAAACCUGUUAUUCACAGGAAACAGCCAUGUCCAUACGGUAAAAAGUGUACUUAUGGUCACAAGUGCAAGUUUUACCACCCGGAGCGAGGAACCCAGCCCCAGCGUUCUGUAGCAGAUGAGCUCCGUGCCAGUGCCAAAAUGUCCUCGGCUUCUUCCAAAGGCCUGGUAGAAGAUGCCCUGAUGCCAAAGAGCCAGGGAUCUGGAGUUGCUGAGGUGGAGCCAAGUCAGAGAACCCCAAAGAAACAGUCGAGUGCUAUCCUUCGGAGCUCCUUCUCUGACCUGGUGGAGGACAGGUUUCAGGUUGCACGAAGAGGAAGCAGCAGCAGCAGCAGCAGCAGCUGUGGGAGCAACCAUCAGGGACAUGUGGCCCCCGGUGGGCCUUCAGCGUCAGCGAGCUAUGACCCAUGGGAACAUCCAGUGGAAAGUGGCGGAGGCGGUUACAGGGUUGCAGGAACCUCAGGACCAGCUAAGACAUACAAGUACCACAGAUGCAAGUCUCCCGAGCUGAGCUACAACUCGUUGUCUAAAGCCUAUUCGGGCCUCAGUCUGGAAGUUUCACAUAGCCCAGAUCGUUUUUUCCCAGUGGACCUACGAGCUUCGUCACUGCCAUCCGACUGCAGCAGCGAUGGUAGCAUCAGCUCGGACUCUUUCUCCCCUGACCUUUUAGCAGAUGAUGCUCCUAGAUGCCACCAUCAUCACCAGCAGCACCACCACCCUUCUUAUUCUCAUCUCCUUCACCAUCACUGCUCUGGUCAACACACCUAUCCCUCAGGCCGGGUUCCACCUGGACUGGGCCAACCUGCUUCUUAUAGCAGUCCCAUGUCCCAAGUGCUCCAGAGGAAGUUUGAUAUUGGUUUGGAGGAACCUUCAUCCUCCACAACCUCUCAUGGAACACCUCGUCCUUUUAGAAGCCCCUCCUCCUAUAGUCCACCACACCAUCAGGAUUUACCACCGAGUGGCUUUUCAAGGGACUUGCACACCUACCUACCCCAAAUGCCCAACACUCCGCCUCAGAACCACAACCUGAUCAGAUCCCGUUGGCAGGAGAGUGGGCUACAAGACUCCAGAUUCUACGAAGGGUCACCAGUUUUUUCCAGAAGGAACUUCUCUGCAGAAAGUGAACAACCACUACCAACUAUCAAUUGGGAGCCCCAGUACCAUCGCUCCCCGAAGCCUUACAGUGACCCAUUCACCUUCCAGAGCAGAGUUCAUUCUUCACAUCCAGGACUAUUGGCAAGAAAUUCACCAACACCUUCAUCGUUUCCCCAGGUGUCCUUCACACCCAUUACUCCCAACAAAAGCCCCACGCCGUUAGUGCCUCACCACCAAGAACCCCAAACCUUGGAUCGAUACCAGGACCUCAGGGAGAGGAUGUUCGUUAACCUCUGCUGCAUCUUUCCUCCCGAUCUGGUCAGAAGUGUUAUGGCCAAAAACCUCCAUGUGAUGGAUGCGCAGGAGCUGGCCGCUGCAAUUUUGAUGGAGAAAUCCAGGCUGGAGUCCUGAGGCUUGAGGUCCUGCAUUGAUUCAUACGAAUCCUUAUGUCGUCCUGCAGGGAUCAGAAAUAUUUUAGUAUUUUACUUUAGCACGCAGGGCUGUUGUUUGGUCUGUAAACAGACUGUUUUUAUAUCUGCAGCUGAAGCUGUCUCAGUAAUUCUAAUGGUAUUUUUGUAAAGGGAAACCCCUCCACCCCUCCAAAAAAAAUCUACCAUAUUAUUUUUUUCAUACGUCUGCUAUUUCAGCACUUAGGACAUCGCUGUGCUUCAAGACUUUUGUUCAGACUUUUAAGGAUUGACUGUGUUGUUUAUUUUUGUUUGAAAAAUUAUUUAUUUGUGACAUUUUAAGUUAUUUGAAUUAUAUUUAGUUUUCGGCACUUUUUGUUCUGCGGGUUUUCUUCUUUUGGGCUGGAGGGUAAUCUUAUCAGGGUAGAAGCGCUUCUCGGGUUCAACAUCAACUACAUUCCUCCUGUGAUUUUCUCUUUCUGCAGCAGGGCAGGUGGCAGAUCAGACGCUGUGGUCAGAUUUUGUGGACUUUCCCAACGGGGAAGUGAAACUUUUGGGGCGCCCACCAAGAAAAAAAAAAAGUCCACUUCAAAAAGCCCCAAAUUUUUCUUCGCUGCUGCUCUGGAGGUUCUUUCCUACUCUCCCCGAGUCAGCUGUUUUUUUUUUUUUUCAUUUUUAAAAGUUAUAUCAAGGCGACAGUUGCCGUCUGAGAGGCAGAGCUAAACAAUGUUACUUUCUUUUUUAUUCUAAUGUGUAAUUGUUAAUUUAUCAUUGUUUUUAUGACACACUGUUGCUUUGAUCAGUGUCAUGGUGGUCAAGCUCUCUGUUCUUGUGUCAUAAAGAAAAAAAAAAGAGAAUGAGCAGAAGAAAUAUUCUGAUGGGUUUUUUUUAGGUAAAACAAACCCUUAUGCUGAUGAUACUUGUGUCUUUUUGCAGGUUGUCUUUGCUCCAUAUGUCCCUCGAACAUGAAGACAACAAUAAUAAAAAUAUUAAAAAUAUAUUAAAAAAUACAUACAAAAAUAACAUUAAUUUUAAUUUUAUUUAUUAAAUAACCAGCGGUUAUUCUAUAAAAUUGAACACUAUUUUAUUUAUCAGUAUUAGUAUUUAAAAAAAAUUAAAAAAUUGAAUUUUAUUGAUCCCAUAUUUGGGAAACUCUUGUGUUAACAGCAGAUCUGCUGCAACAGGCUGCCCCCUGCAGGCGCCAAGCAUGUGGUUCCUCUGGGAAUCUAACCCAGGGCUCUGUGCUCUCUGUCUUUCGAGGCAGGCGUGAUAACCGCUGAUCAAUUUGUCAUAUAUAAAAGAAUCACCAAAUAUUGGUCGACAAAAUUUCGACAAAGUUUGAAGAAACGCAAUGUGAAAUGUCAGUGUUUUCACCUUCUCAGUUUCUCCUUUUGGUCUGUGUUCUUGUGGCCUACACGUACAGCCCACUCAACAAGUACCAGGAACGUCAAGCAUCAGGAAGAGCUUUCAUACCACAACAUGAACCCACCACAGUAAAAAUCCAACGACGAUUCUGCAGAUAGAAAUUACCAUUUAGUUUCACUUCAAACCUCCUAAAAUCCUGAAAGAUAAAAUAUACAUUUUCUUUAUAAUCGUUAAAGUAGAGGAUGCACAUACUUCCUGGUACUGUUCUAAGUUCCUGGUACUAGUUUCUGACAUGGAAGGUUCUGUAAAAAGCACUUUGGGCUGCAUUUAUUUUCUUCACCUACUGGGAUUAAUGUACUGUCUUAGGAAAUGUUUGUGAAACCAAAACUCUGGUCCUGGUUCGGGAAAUAUCCGACAGCCAGACGACAACAACUGUGUUGAUGCAAAUUGUAUCCUGUAAACUGUUUUUUUUUUUUAAAUUGAAGUUAUCGCUUUUUAUACAAGAAUAUUUAAACUGAGAUAAAUAUUUCAAGUUGAAUAUUUUGAGUAUUUGUUGUAAACUUUGACAUGGUACUUUAUUCAUGUGAACGGACACCCUGAUUACCUACUGUGUCCCAUUUGUACUUGUUUUCAAAUGUAAGCAAGUUGUGAUUGUCAACAUUUAUUUCCCUGAGAGCGUCAGAGUAAGACCUUCAACUCUUUAAUUCAGGCUUUUCUCGUGCGCUCAGAUGACUUGGGUAUAACUUUGUCUUUUGAUACGAAAUGUCUACAACCCAAAUGUUUUUCUUUCACUACACCAGAGGCCUGUUCACUUGCGUCAGGGUUUUGAUGUGAAGGUAGAAAGGUCGGUUUUGGAGCUCAGGGCAGGGCCCUACAGGAGAGUUCUAAUGAUGUGAUAUAGGCAUAUUAAAAAAAAAAUUAAGAUAAAUAGCAUUGUUUUGGCCUGUCUUUAGCCAGAGGAGUCUGCGAUUUCAAGUCAGAGUCAAAGAAACUGUACUGAAACUGGUGCAGUUGUCCUGUUUGGUGGAAAAUAGGGUACAGGAAGUCAAGCAAUGAGACCAAUGACAAAAAAAAAUACAGACAUAUAGGAAGGUGAAUGAAA